AGAUAAUCCAAGUAAAGAUGCAAUUGCCAAAAGAUUUUUAGGUUCAUAUAUAACAGGGUUAACUGGUUUAACUGGUUUAACUUCAACAAUUGUCGCCAAAGGGAGAGAAAUUCAGUGGAGAUAUUUAUUUGAUAAACAAUGGAGGUCGCCAGGUUGAUGCCAGUUGUUCUUAUCUUGUUACUUGCUUACGAUGCUGCAGCUGCUCCAAGAAAAGAUGGCAAUGAAACUCCCAACAAGGACGAAAUGAAAAAGGAAGUACCCUCAAAACAUGGAGGACAAAAGAAAGAUCAUGAAAAGAAAAUCCAUUCAGAUUUUGUGUAUGACAAAUACCCUACUGUCUGUAAUUAUAAAAAGCAUGACAGGCCCGGAUAUAGUUAUAUUUGCGACGCCUGCAAAAACCCUGAUCACAGAAGUCACGCCUUCGUAAAUGACGCCUGCCGGAAAACCUGCAGCGAAUGUCCCUAGGUAUUCUACUUUUACAAAGUAAAAGAUCCCUUUGCUGCUACAAAUAUUCUAAUAUUAUAUGAGAAAUGGCGCAUUAAUUCAAAAAAACGAUAUCAAAUAAAAUGUGUCGACACAAGUUGUAGUUUAACAUACUCUUCACAUGAACAAGAAUCUCAAUAUAUCAUAAAUGGGGAAAAAAUGCGGUUUCAAUGCCAAAUGGCAAAUAGAUGUGUUAGAUUUGAUAAUCCCACAAGAAAUUUCUGAAUUUUUCAAUCGAAAUUAAUAUAACAAAUCAAAGUGUCCAUUGGAAUCAAAUUUUAAACUAGUCUCACCAACGAGGUACAGACCAUGCCUUGCUUUUAUAAAGAAUCCUUUCUUUUUCUCUCUACGCGAUAUCUUCAUUUCUAGUAACUUUCACUGAACCUAUUUUGUCGCCAUCUUGUUCUUCAUUACCCCUGAUGUAAGCAGAAAGGAUUCCAGACUCAAAAUACAAUAAAUCUUGAGUGCAGUCCACAA